AGACGAGGAGGAUAAUCAAAGAAGUAAAAUUGAGAAGACUUUGGUCGGUUCUUCUAAGAAAAGACUAGAGGGACACGCGUCGCUAACCCAACAUCCGCCAUUCACUCUCUUCACUUCACCACUUUAUUUCUCUCUCUCCACCGAAACUGCAGAGCCCAAAACUCCUCCUUUUUAUCUGAUAAAAACAAACCAAUGGCGGAUAUACAGCCAUCAGAUGCCCAGUUAAAUGGCGUCGUAGCACCCCUAGUCGUGGCUUCAUCUGACACCGUUGGACCCAAACGCCAGAGACGUCCCAGCGUACGUUUAGGCGAUAUUGGCGGUGACCAACCCCACGAUUCUCAUCUCCGAAGGCCCUCCUCCUCUUCCGCCGUCACCAAGCCAUGGAAACACCAACCCCACUCCGCCGCCGCUGUCACUUCUAAGUCAUCCAAGACUCGCGCCCUAACCAAUCUCACCACUGACGAUGAUGAAACUGAAGCUGACCACAAUAACACCAAUUUGGAUGGUGCCGCAAUUGCUAGCUGGAGGGUCAAAGAUUUCAACAAACGGGGCUCCGCCACUAAACGGGUCCGCUCGAAUUGGGUCCCCAAACUCGACGAUUUCAGCGGCGGAAACGUCAUAAUCAACGGCAACAGUACCAACACUACUAACAACAACAAUUUGGAAACAGAUGAUAGAUAUAGUGGUGAUCAAGAUAAUGAUGAUUUCGACAUGGAGAACUCGGAAAGUCCCAUGAAAGAGCAUAGUCCAGUUCAUUCUUUGGAUAACAUGGCCAAUGAAAGGGAACUUCUUUAUCAAAGGAGGCCAAUUCGUACAAGGGUUUCGGAUCGGGCGGACUUAUCCGAUUCCGACAUAAGGCCGACUGAGGAAGAUGGGGUUAGGAUAUGGUUAAACAGUUUGGGUUUAGGAAGGUACGCCCCUGUUUUCGAGAUCCAUGAAGUGGAUGAUGAGGUUUUGCCAUUGUUGACAUUGGAAGAUUUGAAAGAUAUGGGAAUAAAUGCAGUUGGUUCAAGAAGGAAAAUAUUUUGCGCAAUCCAGAAGCUUGGUGAAGGUUUUCCCUAACAUAUUUGAAAAGGGUUUUUUGGAAGGAGAAUUUGAUCAGCCAUGGCAAUAUUCUUAUUCGAGCUCGAAAUCAAACAAGGAAGCACUCGAGGGAUGUUUGUCUGGAUUUAAGUAGUUUUUUCCUGUUUUUAUUAUGAAUUUACUAUGGACUGGCUAUAGACAUCUUCGCACUUCAUUUCUCCACUUCUGUGCUCCUUCGGCAUUUCCUUACUACUUUAUAUGCAUUUUAUAUCUCAAGUACACUUUAAAUUACUCAGAUUCGGGGGUGAAUGUUCGGUACGGGUAUGUAUCCGACAUGAGUAUGCUCAAUUUUCUUUUCUAUGUUUUUCCAUAUAGUUGGAGAACCAUACCUUCCAUAACAAUGUCCGAAUAUGUGCUCAAUACAGGUGUCCACACGGAAAAUGAGGAGUUGGAGCAUAUACCUAGUCCUCUAGAACUUUCCUCUUACCAUGCAAAUUGUGUUUUAGGAUGAAAAAAAAAACCAUGUUUGAAUUUCUGUUUGCCUUAAUUGCACUUUCUCAUCAUGGUUAUGUAAAUAUUUAGUUGGCAAGUAAACAAAUACUGCUACUCACCUGAAGCGCGGUUCCCAUUGUUGAAAAUUUCUUGUAUGUUAAGCUGUUAUCAUUCA